AUGUCACGGCCUCCCUUGAAACUCCGGCUGGACUAUGGGAAGAAGCGAGGGAACACAAAGGAUGAGAGAGAACAUGAGAGGUUGAAGCACAAAUAUAAGAAGGAGUUUAAGGGCUCGCUGAGGGAGAUCAGGAAGGAUUCCCGUUUCCUGGCCCACGAGAAGCUGUCAGAGAUCAUGAGCAGGGAUGCGGAGAGGAAGAAGAAGGUGAAGGAGCUGUUCGGCAGCCUGGCCACCCAGGAGGGAGAAUGGAAGGCACUGAAGAGGAGGAAGAGGAAGUGA